AUGAAAGAAAUGAACACAUGUGCAACGACAGUCUUGAAUGCAAGAAAUGUAAGUACUCCAAAGGUUUUCAUUCUCUUGGGCUUCUCUGACCAUCCCUGGUUGGAAAUGCCACUCUUCAUAAUAGUGCUUGCUGCUUACAUCCGCACACUAGUAGGAAACAUCUCAAUUAUAGUGGUAUCCAGAGUAGAUCCGAAUCUUGACAGCCCUAUGUACUUCUUCCUUUCCAACCUCUCCUUUCUGGACCUUUGUUUUACCACAACCACCAUCCCUCAACUGCUGCUAAACCUCUGGGGCCCAGAUAAGUCUAUCAGCUACGGAGGCUGUGUGACUCAGUUUUAUAUGUUUCACUUUUGGGGGGCCACCGAAUGCAUCUUCUUAGCUGUGAUGUCCAUGGAUCUGCAAGCCAUCUGCAAGCCUUUGAGGUACCCAGUCAUCAUGCAUCAGCAACUCUGUAUCUUCCUAGUGGUCAUGGCAUGGCUAAGUGGUUUGGUCAACUCCUUGCUUCAGUCAUCCCUCACCAUCCAGCUGCCACUUUGUGGCAACAACAAGGUAGAUGAUUUCCUGUGUGAGGUCCCAGUGAUGAUCAAGAUGUCAUGUACUGAUACCACAUUCAAUGUAGCUAUGCUCUCCAUUGUGGGAACAUUCUAUUCCCUCGUUCCCUUGUCACUGAUUCUUGUCUCCUAUGGGUUCAUCGUAGCUACAGUGCUCAGAAUUCAGUCCUCAGAGGGAAAGAAGAAGGCCUUUAACACAUGUAGUUCUCAUACUAUUGCUGUAUCUCUCUUCUAUGGGCCAGUAAUUAGCAUGUAUGUGCAACCUUCUGCUGCUAACUCCCAGGAUAAGAACAAACUCAUGUCCCUAUUCUACAGCUUGGUGACUCCUAUGCUUAAUCCUUUUAUUUAUACUUUGAGGAACAAAGACAUGAAAGGGGCAAUGAUGAGGCUUCUUGUCUCAUUGUACCAUCAAAGAAGAGGAUAAACAUAGCUAUUUUUGUACUUCAUACUUUCCAUAUAGGACUUAG